GUACUCCUUUGUCCACAGCAGGCAUUUAAAGAGAUUGUUCAGCAUCAAUGAAUACAAUGGAACAAUCAUUACAACUCAACCUCUGGACCGAGAGAUCGCUUCUUGGCACAACAUAACUGUUACAGCCACAGAAACAAGAAAUCCUGAAAAAAUUUCAGAGGCUAAUGUAUAUAUCCAAGUUCUUGAUAUUAAUGAUCAUGCACCAGAAUUGCCUAAGUAUUAUGAAACAUUUGUCUGUGAAAAUGCAGUUUCUGGCCAGCUAAUUCAAAGCAUCAGUGCGGUGGAUCAAGAUGACUCAGCAGAAGGUCACCAUUUUUACUUCUCCUUGGCUCCGGAGACCACAAACAACUCACGUUUUACUGUCAAAGAUAAUCAAGAUAACACAGCUGGAAUUUUCAUAGCAAAAAGUGGCUUCAGGAGGCAAGAGCAGUUUUAUUUCUACUUGCCAAUCUUAAUUCUGGAUAACGGAACCCCACCACUGACAAGCACAAAUACCCUCACUAUCACAGUCUGCGACUGUGACACAGAGGUUAACAUCCUUUACUGUCGAUAUGGAGCUUUCAUGUACGCCAUGGGUCUCAGCACAGAAGCUUUAGUUGCUGUUUUGGCUUGCGUACUAGUACUCCUAGUAUUCUUUUUAGCAGUUGUAGCCAUAAGGCAGCAGAGGAAGAAAUCCCCCUUUUCAGAGAAAAUGGAAGAAUUCAGAGAGAACAUUGUCAGGUAUGACGAUGAAGGUGGUGGUGAGCAGGACACAGAAGCCUUUGAUAUUUCAGCACUGAGGACCCGCACUGUCAUGCGAACGCACAAACCGCGGAAGAAGGUCACCACAGAAAUACACAGCCUCUACAGACAGUCUCUGCAGGUUGGUCCCGACAGCGCGAUCUUCAGGCAAUUCAUUUCAGAAAAGCUUGAAGAAGCGAAUACAGACCCUAGUGUUCCUCCAUAUGACUCCCUUCAGACCUAUGCAUUUGAGGGGACCGGCUCUUCGGCAGGAUCGCUCAGCUCUCUAGGUUCUAAUGUGUCAGAUGCGGAUCAGAGUUACGACUACCUUACAGACUGGGGACCUCCCUUUAAACACCUUGCAGGCAUGUACGCUUCCCAUAGAGGUGUGGGGGAUUAGUUAUAUUUUGGUUUCUUGCUUUAUUUUCCUAAAUCUCAGCUACCAAAAGUAACUGUGGAUUUUUAAAAAGGAGAUUAUCCCACAUGUAGCUAUGAAAAAUAAAAGCC